CCUAUGUUCUCCUUACGUCGCGAUAAAACUAACAAUAUCGCAAUUUUUACGAGUGUGACGCUUCCGUCGUUAGUCGUUCAUUAUACUUUUGACUGAACUACUAAAAAUGAACUUUUCCAGUUUCGGACGCGUUCGAUUUCUUAAUCUAUUAAGUAAGAACUACUCUAGAUUUGGGGUAAUCAUCUUGGAAGAAAAGAAAAAGCGGCUACUGUCCGCUCCAGUUUUGGGGCCGAGAGAAAUCGUUGCGAAACCAGUAUUUCGAACAACAAAAUCCAAGAGACAGCUCGGGAGGAACAAAUAUUCCUAACAUCGAUCGCUUCGUGACCACGAACGUACCAUCCGGAAUCAUUUAUGUUCUCUCGGUAAGCAAUAAAUUUGACCUAAAGGAAAGGGAAAGUAAGAACGAGAGCUAUCGCUGUAACUAACGAUUGGAAUAGCAUUUUUUGAACUAUAACUUACGAGUCUUUAAUCGAUCGGAACUUUGAGGAUAAUAGACAUUGGAUCGGAAUCGUAUAAUCAUCGAGAUGAAUCGAUAAAACUUGCGAUUAUAGCGAAACUUGACGUUUCCCCAAAAGUUGGGAGAAGAAUCUGGAGCAAGAGGCAUAGCCUUGGCGCAUAACCUUGCUCCGUGAACUUCGACGUCACGGUUGAAAGUACAACGGGUACUUGUACGUGCUCAAAGAAGCGAAGAAGUCGGAGAAGUCACGGCCCGUUAAGAUCGGAUCGCAGGCUCGAUCACUUUCUCCGACCGAUGGCCUGGCCGAGGACAACCAAGGAGGAAGAGAUACCAAGAGGAAAAGGGGGAAGAAAUAAACAAGAAGAAAAGAAGAAAAAAACGAAUGGAUAGAUAGAAAAAUAUCGAGAGCAGGUGGACCGAGAAAAAAGAAAAAGGAAGGAGAGUCCGAUCGCUCUCGUAAUCAGGACCAAUACAAGCAUGGACAGAGUCAGGUACACUAGCGGAAUCGACGAGUUGAGGACGGUGAGGCUCGAGAAUAUCUUUUUCUCCACCCAGGUGAGUCCACCUCCACCUCCACCGUACUUAACCAACAGCCCCACCGCGUCUCCAAUCGCCACAACUUUCCGCUUUGGCUCCUUCCUUCUGUCCCCGGGGGAGGAUACGCGCCUAUAUAACUACGGCGUUCCACUGAUUGGACGAAGUAAGCCACGUUUUCCAGCGUCUAGGGAAGAAGAGAACGCAGCCCGAGUCCAACGGGCGGCACUCCAAGAAAUAUGAGGAUUCGCCCGGGAUGCGCGACUGCACUAGCAGUGCUACUGCAGAUCGUUCUUGCGGCGGGCAAGGCUUUGGAGCAAACGCAGCAAAUACAGCUACAAGUGCAACAGCAACGGCAACAACAACCGCAGCAAGUCCCGUACGGUACAACGGCUGAGAAACGAUUGGCCGAUUGGAACGGAGAUGCCGGGGGUCACUAUGGCGGGGAUGAUUACGGUGGUAGUUUAGCCGGUGGAGAUUACGGUGGAGAUGUCGGAGGUGGCGGAGACGACGUUGGGGGAGCGAUCGAGGAACACCACGUGCAAGAACAUCAUGACGAUCAUCACGAUCCUGGUUACUGGAAAAAGAAAAUGAUUUGGAAACCAGGCUGGAAGAAAAUUUGGAAACCGGCUCAAAAACAAAUUUGGAAACCUGCCUGGAAGAAGAUUUGGAAGCCUGUUUGGGAGCCGACGAAGAAGGCCGUUUGGAAGGAAAUCCAAGUACCAGCCUGGAAAAAGAUUUGGAAGCCCGUUUGGAAGGAGAUACAGGUGCCAGUGUGGAAGGAAAUUCAGGUACCUGCGUGGAAAAAAAUUUGGAAGCCCGUAUGGGUACCCAUAAAAGUUCCAGCUUGGAAAGAGAUUCAAGUGCCCGAUUGGAAGAAGGUUUGGAAACCCGUGUGGAAGGAGAUACAGGUGCCAGCUUGGAAGGAAAUUCAAGUACCGGCGUGGAAGAAACUUUGGAUACCGGAAUGGGUGAAGGUCGGUAUACCCGGUGAACAUUACCACGGUACGGACCACCACGGCUGGCAAUAUACCAGUCACGAUUUGUGGAAAAAGAAACUGAUCUGGAAGCCGGUGUGGAAAAAAUAUUGGAAACCGGCGAAGAAACAAAUAUGGAUACCGGAUAAGAAACUCGAGUGGAAGGAAGCAUGGAAGCAGAUCUGGCGACCUGCCAAGAAACAAAUCUGGGUCGAGGACAAGAAGCUGACGUGGAAGGAAGAAUGGAAACAAGUAUGGAAGCCGGACAAAAAGUUGAUUUGGGUGCCGGACAAGAAGUUGGAGUGGAAGGAAGCAUGGAAACAGAUUUGGAAAACGGAGAAGAAACUCGAAUGGAUACCGGACAAGAAAUUAGCUUGGAAAGAGGCAUGGAAGCAGAUUUGGGUACCGGCCUGGAAAGAAAUUUGGGUUCCCGCCUGGAAGAAGAUAUGGAAACCGGUAUGGAUAUCGGAGUGGUUCCCUAACGAGGAUCAUCAUCAUCAUCAUCAUCAGGGAUGGGCCGAUCGAAAGGACAGCCAAGGACAGAACGCGCAACCAGUCCCGCUUAGUCCCGAGUUCGCAGGAAAUCAAAAUAAGAGCGAGCAGCAACGGCUGGUCGAGAGGAAUCAAGUCAGAUGGAACAGAUCCUUCGAAGGAGAUGUAAAGUCACCCGCGGAAAGCUUGCUACCACCUCCAGUUCCAACGUCGAAUCAGAACGCCGCCCCUUCCAACUUUACCUUCCGCACCCGUUGAUCCGUUUUGAGAGCUCUGAUGCGAACGCACCGGCUCUCGAUAUCUGUACAAAUAUUUCGCUCUAAGAAUAUUGUAACAUACGUCCUUGUGUAUAUAUUAUCUUGAUAAGCUCAAUGUAAGCUUAAGAUAUCCCUUCGAGGUACUUCAUCUUGUUUCUCGUUUCGACGCUUCAGGGAAUCUUAUCGCUCUUAUCGUUCUUUUUCUUUCUUUUUAUACCAAUUUCCUUG